AAAAAAAAAAAAAACUAACACGGGUGCAGACAUACGAACCGGUCUAAACCGGUUUGCACCGUCGCUCCCGCCAUUCUAAAAACUCGUCUCUGGAUUUUACCGGGAACAGAAAAGAAAAAUAAAAGUUAGGAACUUUCUCCGAGAAGUGAAUUUGAUAUCUGAAACGGAGAUGGCUUCGUCGACAUCUAAAACCCUAAUGGACUUUUUCCAACCCGCCAAACGCCUCAAAUCCUCUUCUUCCCCCUUUCCCGCCGUUUCCGCCGCCGGUAGGUCCCGCGGUUUCGACUCUGCAGCAAAAUCGCCGCCGCCGCGCGUAACCGUCGCCGACGACUCGUCCGGCCUUACACCAGAGCAAAUCUCUCGCUCCGAUUUCAACAAAUCCGUAGCCAAAUCCAAGCGCAGCCUCGCCCUCUGCUCCGAGAAGGUCACGAAAGCGAAAGCUGAAGGAAACUGCUGCUACGUGCCAUUGGCUGAGCUCUUAGUUGAAGAAUCAUGGCUCAAAGCUCUCCCUGGUGAAUUGGAUAAGCCCUACGCCAAGACCCUUGCUUGUUUCCUUGAACGUGAGAUCAUCGUAGCUGAGGGUAAAGGCUCUCCUAUUUACCCGCCGCAGCAAUUGGUUUUCAAUGCUCUAAAUACAACUCCUUUUGAUCGAGUGAAGGCUGUUAUUAUCGGACAGGAUCCUUACCAUGGACCUGGUCAAGCUAUGGGUUUGUCUUUCUCUGUGCCUGAAGGAGAGAAGCUUCCUUCUAGUCUUUUGAAUAUAUUUAAGGAGCUUCAGAAAGAUGUUGGUUGUUCAAUCCCUCGUCAUGGUAAUCUACAGAAAUGGGCUGUGCAGGGUGUUCUGCUGUUGAAUGCUGUUCUCACAGUAAGGAGUAAACAGCCGAAUUCACAUGCAAAGAAAGGAUGGGAACAAUUCACUGAUGCUGUCAUUCGAAGUAUCUCACAGCAGAAGGAAGGUGUUGUCUUUCUCCUCUGGGGAAAAUACGCUCAAGAGAAAUCCAAGUUGAUAGAUGGGAAUAAACAUCACAUUCUCACAGCAGCUCAUCCAUCUGGUUUGUCUGCGCAUAGAGGCUUCUUCAAUUGCAGGCAUUUCUCUCAAGCAAACCAGCUACUCGAGCAAAUGGGCACUGCCCCUAUAGACUGGCAACUCUAACCUCUUAAGUGCCUUAACGCCAAGACGAAGUGCUCCUGGGAAGACAAAUUUUUACAAUCUCGUUUGGUUAACAAAGCUUUAAGCUUUCACACCUCAACGCUCUCCUUUUGUGAUUUAUUAUGUUAUCAUGGAAGUCUAGACGACUAACCUGCGUAAGACAAAGUAGCUGAAAACUGUAUCUCGUCAUUUUGUACUACUGAAGAAUACUGUAUCUCGUCAUGGUGUGUAUUAAAUUGCUGCUGCUUACUUGUAGAACUUCCUUGUUGCUACAAAGCAUGAAAAAGUUAAAAAAAAGUA